AUGAGUGAUUCUUCGGUCUUAAAAACGUUCUUAAUUCAGUAUGUGGGCUGUAUUCCGGUCACUAUCUCCUUUAAGUCCCUCAGCUUCCAGGAACGAACUCAGAUCACUCGGGAAUGUAUAAUUCGUGUUUGUGAAGAUGUCGGGCUUCGUAUUCCCCCUGCUCGACCUGUUUCAAGCAACGGUCUCUCGAAAUUCAUCGGAAGGGGUACUGAUCUUGCCUGGACUCGUCAAAGUGUUCGUCUCACUAUCUCUGUUGAAGGUGUCACUGUUCAGGAUUUUCAUUCUGAUCAGGUAAUUUUGGUUUAUUUGUCGAACUUUAUUUUCAUUUUCUUCCAUUUUCUCCAUUUUCUUAAUUUCUUUCAAUGA